AUGAAGCUCUACGUUGAGGAUGUGCUCGUGGUGUUCCCGUACGAGUACAUCUAUCCGGAGCAGCUGGACUACAUAACGGAGCUGAAACGCGGCCUUGACAAGGGAGGACACAUGGUGCUGGAGAUGCCGUCGGGCACCGGCAAGACAAUCUCGCUGCUGUCGAUACUGGUCGCGUACCUGCAUCACCACGCCUACGAGAAGCGGAAGGUGGUAUACUGCACCCGAACAGUGGAGGAGAUGGUGAAGACGAUGGGCGAAAUGCGAAAGCUGCUCAAGCACUGGGAGGCGGAGGGCGAGCAGCUUCGACCGCUGCGGGGCCUCUGUCUGACAGCAAAAAAAAACCUGUGCAUUGAGACUAGCGUCGCCUCGCUUAUUCACCCGGACGAAGUGGACGCCGGCUGUCGCUCGAUCACGGCUCCGUGGCAGCAGGAAGGGCGAUGUGGGUAUUAUGACACACUGGUUCAAGCACCAUUGGAGCUUCCUCCUGGGGUGUACUCAUUGGAUGACUUGAAAGACUUUGGUGAGCAGCACCACGUGUGUCCCUACUACCUGGUGCGCAAGGCCCUCCCUGUUGUCGACAUUAUCGUGCACUCGUAUCUGUACAUGGUCGACCCUGUAGUGUCGGAAGUGACGAAGGAGUUCCUGAACGAGAACACGAUUGUCGUGAUGGACGAGGGCCACAAUGUGGACGAUGUUUGCAUUGAGGCCAUGUCACUCAUCCUCACGAAGAAAGACUCUCUGGACGCAAAGCAGAACAUGAAGGACUUGAGCAAGGAGCUGGACCAUUUGAAGGCGACGAACCGGCAGCAGCUGCAGGAUGAGUACGACCGCCUCGUGAACGGGCUGGCUAUGGCUGAGAUGGCGCGCGACUUGGAGCAGAGGGCACUGGUGGAGACGCCUGCGAUUCCAGCCAACGUAGCUGAGGGGGCCAUUCCCGCGUCAUUGCGCCAGGCCAACCACUUCCUUGCAUUCAUGCAGCGUCUUGUCGACUUUACGCAUCGCAUUGUGGCGCGUAUCACUCGUACAUAUGUAGCUGACCCGCUGACGUUUCUCACAAAGCUGAAAGAGGAGUGCGCGCUGGAGAUUAGCCACUUCCGCUACUUGUCUGAGCGCCUGAAGGUGUUGCUGACAACGCUGCAAGUCACAAAUGCUGGCAAGUAUCGCCCCGUAGCGCUUAUUGCACAGAUGUACACACUGCUUUCCAUGUACUACACGGAUGACCGGUACGAGAAACCGGGGUUCGUGGUGGUGUGCGAAGCAUUCGACCCGACGCGGCCGCAGAUUCCAGAUCCCGUCAUCCGUACUGUCUGCGUGGACGCCUCUCUGGCGCUUCGGGACACUUUUUCCCGGUACCGCAGCGUCAUCCUCACCUCCGGCACACUCUCGCCAAUGGACAUUUAUCCAAAAAUCCUGGGCUUUACCCCUGCCAUCUCCAAGUCGUUUCAGAUGACCCUGUCACGCAAGUGCAUUGCACCCGUGAUUGUGACCCGCAGCUCGGAGAGCGUGAGCAUCACAGCCGAGGAGGUCACCAGCAGUUUCAAGGUGCGCACCAACCCCACUGCGCAGGCGCUCGUCACGUCGGCGUACGAGAGUCUGCUGCUCGAGCUGGCAAAGACGGUUCCUGACGGGAUGGUGUGCUUCUUCACGGGGUACCAGUACAUGGGCGAGGUGCUGCUCACUUGGCACAGCUCCGGGUUUUUGCAGAAGCUGGCGAAGCACAAGCUCAUCUUUGUCGAGACUCAGGGCGUAGAGGAGACGUCCGUCGCACUCGCCAACUACCGCCGAGCGUGCGACAUUGGCCGCGGUGCCAUAUUCAUGUCGAUUGCUCGCGGCAAGAUCGCGGAGGGAAUCGAUUUCGAUCGCCAUUACGGUCGUGCCGUGGUCAUGUUCGGUGUCCCCUUUCUGCCCCCGAACGAUGAGCCCCUGCGGCAGCGGAUGCACUGGAUGGAGGUGUGCCUUGGCAUAUCAGAAAGCGAGUUUCGCAACUUCGAUGCAAUGCGCCAGGCGUCGCAGUGCAUCGGGCGGGUGCUGCGUAACAAGACAGACUACGGAAUGAUGCUUCUGGUCGAUAAGCGGUUCGCGCUCAAUGACAAGAUCAAGAAGAUUCCACGUUGGAUCGUUCAGUGCCUAAAGAACAACACCAAUCUGAGCGUUGAUGCGGCCGUCGCGGUUGCUCGGGGGUUCUUCAAGGAGAUGGCGCAGCCAUGGGAGCACGAGAAGGACCUCGGCACCACUUUGCUCUCGAAAGAGACUCUCCGAAGAAUGGGUAGACUGACUUCAUCAGCUGCCAUGUAUGCAUCUUUUUCGGAAACACUCGGUGCCGAGAAUGUGGGCACCGUGACGGCGCCAAAGACGGAGGAGGAGGAGAGUGGUGGUAUCGCCGCAGUGCGCGAGCCAGGGGGCGGUAGUCGAAAGCGCAAGCGAGAUGACGAGAGGGAGUGA